AUGGUCAUUCUUCAUAUCAUCUUCACCUUUCUAGCUACAACUUUACUACUAGUUCUCAUAACCUUUUUAGCUCUCAUACUAAAAAUCUUCAUCGGAAAAUCAAUAAAAGACCCAAAAUACACCCCAGUUGUUGGCACUGUUUUUGGUCAACUCUUCUACUUCAAUAAACUUCAUGACUAUUUUACCGAUAAUGCCCUCAAACACCCUACUUUCAGGCUUCUUGCCCCUGAUCAAAGUGAACUAUACACUACUGAUGUUCGAAAUAUAGAACACAUACUUAGAACAAAUUUUGAAAACUACUCAAAAGGCGAGUAUAACAAGGAUAUAGUAACUGACCUAUUUGGCAAUGGGAUUUUUGCAGUUGAUGGCGUGAAGUGGAAACAACAGAGAAAGCUUGCAAGUUUUGCGUUCUCAACAAGAGUGUUAAGGGACUUCAGUUGUACAGUUUUCAGAAAAAAUGCAGCAAAUUUGGUUAGAGUCGUUUCAGAGUUUGCUAAGGCCAAUAAAGUUUUUGAUGUACAAAACUUACUUAUGCAAUGCACCUUGGAUUCAAUAUUCAAAGUUGGGUUUGGAGUUGAUUUAAAUUGCCUUGAAGGAUGUAGCAAAGAAGGGGGUGCAUUUAUUAAGGCCUUUGAUGAUUCUAAUAAAUUAAUAUACUGGCGAUAUGUAGAUCCCUUUUGGAAGCUCAAAAGAUUUCUUAAUAUUGGUUGUGAAGCUAAUCUUCGGAAAAACAUCAAAUUGAUCAAUAAUUUUGUUCUCAAUUUGAUAAGCAAGAAAAGAGAGCAACUAGAAAUGAAUCAACACUGUAAUGAGGAGAAGGAGGAUAUGCUUUCAAGAUUUCUGAUCGAGAACAAGAAGGACCCGAGAAUGAAUGAUGAAUAUCUAAUGGAUAUAAUCCUCAAUUUUCUGAUUGCUGGAAAAGAUACUAGUGCAAACACACUUUCUUGGUUCUUCUACAUGCUUUGCAAAAAUCCACUUGUGCAAGAAAAAGUUGUUCUAGAAAUACAAAAGCUUAUUGGAAAUCAAGAAAACGGGUCUACAAUCGAAGAUUUUGUUGAUAAAAUAACUGAUGAAGUACUCGAAAAGAUGCAUUAUCUUCAUGCAGCUUUGAGUGAAAUCUUGAGAUUAUACCCUGCAGUGCCUCUGGAUGGGAGAGUUGCAGACAUGGAUGACAAUCUCCCUGAUGGCUUCAAGUUAAAAAAAGGGGACGGUGUGUAUUACAUGUCAUAUGCGAUGGGAAGAAUGGGUUACAUAUGGGGAGAUGAUGCUGAGGAUUUCAAACCCGAAAGAUGGAUAAAUGAUAAUGGAGUUUUCCAACCAGAAUCUCCUUUCAAAUUCGUAGCAUUUCAUGCUGGUCCAAGGAUCUGUUUGGGGAAGGAUUUUGCAUAUCGUCAGAUGAAGAUAAUUUCGAUUGCUGUUCUUCGUUUCUUUAUGUUCAAAUUAGCCGACGAAUCAAGAAAAGUAACUUAUAGAACCAUGUUCACACUUCACAUUGACGAAGGUCUUCAUCUUUUUGCGGUUCCAAGAACAUCAUUAUAA